AUGGUGCCUCUCACUGACAACGUCGACUACGAAGCGUUUGGGAAUGUACCAAGCCAAUGGUCCAAUGCUGGAUAUGACGAAUACUAUGGUAGAGGACACAUGAGUAUGUACGCUCCACGUGAUCUCCGUGAUGUUCCAGCCAAGUUGCGAAAACAAGGUCGAACCAACACUAUAAAGCGAACAAACACAAGGCCACACCAUCUUGGUCUUCAUAUUUAG